GGCGCAGAGGGCGGUGCGGGCGCCAUUUUGUGCGGAGCCCCCGAGCCAGGAGGCGGCGGCGGCGGCGGGGCCCAGCGGCUCCCCCGGCCGAUCCGAGGACCGUUUCUUCGCACCCCCACCCCACCACCACCACCCCCAAAAUCCCCUUUUCUCACCCUAAAACCGUUUUGAGGGCAAAAAAGGGUUUUUUGGGGGCCGAGCAGCGCCAUUUUUUCACCGCCAACAACAGCCAUGGCCAGCAACGUCACCAACAAGACGGACCCGCGCUCGCUCAACUCCCGGGUGUUCAUCGGCAACCUGAACACGUUGGUGGUGAAGAAGAGCGACGUGGAGGCCAUCUUCUCCAAGUAUGGCAAGAUCGUGGGCUGCUCCGUUCACAAAGGCUUCGCCUUCGUCCAGUUUGUCACCGAACGCAACGCCCGGGCCGCCGUGGCCGG